AAAGCAGCAAGAUGAGGCUCUUGUUGUUUCUGGGUUUGGUUUUUGCUGCAUUUGAAAUCAGCAAUUCGAUUCCAGCUUUCUGCCAAUUGGAACAGGAUGAAGGUGAAGGCACAAGCUUUACCUUCUCUUUGUUUUAUGACCCCGUCAAAGAUCAGUGCAACCCUUUCCUAUACAAAGGCCAAGGAGGAAAUGGCAACCGAUUUGCAAAUGAACGAGAGUGCAUAAGAAACUGUUCCGCCAAUGCAGAGGCAAAGUACCCCAUGAAUGUGGCCCAAGCUUGCCACUUUAAACAUGCUGUAGGUGACUGCAGUGGCAAGUUUCUGAGGUAUUACUAUGAUUCCGUCCAUGACAAAUGCAAAAAGUUCCUUUGGUCUGGAUGCAUCGGAAACGGAAACAGAUUUUUUGACCAGACCAGCUGCAACACCACCUGUGAGGGCAUCCACGAUGAUGGUGAGGAAGCCGAGGAGGAGGAGCCGGACACUCCCAUUGCAAUCAUCUGUGGAGUUCUGCUUGCCCUCAUUAUUGCCGCUAUCUUCAUAACUGUGACUGUCUUGACCGUUCAGUCAAAGAAAAAGAACCCCAAGAACAAGACAGAACGGAAAAGUAAAGAACCCCAGUCUGGCUCACCUCUACAGGACGACAAGGAUAUUGAAAUGUCAUAGAAAAUCCUGUCACCUCAAUAGCAAUAUGCAAAGUUACCAUUAAUUUGUAUUUGUAUUCUAAUUCUACAGGCCUUGAUACUAAGCAUAACAACUUAAGACCAAUUUAGAUUUUUUUUACUGACAU